CGGAAGCUGUAGGAUGGUAUCUUUGAAUAAAGCCUUAAAACAGCAUGCGUAAUUCCCUCCUCUUUUAUUUAAUAACAUUGUUGCUUUGGCCCGUGAGCCGAUCAAAUCCAAUCGAAACGCUGGUUGUUUUGAUGAUGGAGAAUCACAGUUUUGAUCAUUUUCUUGGUCAACUCAAAGACAUUCGUCCCGACGUCGAUGGUUCCGACGCGUCGAUGUGCAAUCCCAUCGACACUUCGGAUGAUGAGCAAAUAUGUGUAACCCAUGACGGGCUGUUUCAUACACAAGAACCUGAAAACUUUAUUCCCGAUGUGAACCAACAGAUUUACAAUAUUCCUUUUGGCACUUCACCUGCCCCGGACGCUUCGCCCAACAUGAAAGGAUUUGUAGCCAAUUACGUUCGUUACCGAGGCAAAGACAAAGCCGCCGAAAUCAUGCAAGGCCUGAACCAAUCCACCUUGCCCGUUCUAUAUACCUUAGUCCAAGAAUAUGCCAUCUCCGACCGGUGGUUUUCUUCUGUUCCAGGGUCAACAUUUCCGAACCGUAAUUUUUUGCAUGCGGCGACGGCGGGGGGUGUAGUAAAUAACGAUAUUCCUCCUUUGGGAUACCCGCUCACCACGACAUUUGAAAAACUUCACGCCAUCAAUGUGAGUUAUGGAAUUUAUUCGGCUUCACCCAUACCUUCGACGAUCUUGUAUCGAUACUUUCGAUCGCCCUUGCGCCGUCCCGGGACGACCAUGGAUCAGUUUUAUAUAGAUGCGGAGAAAGGCGUUCUGCCUUCUUACACGUACAUUGAGCCUGCCCUAUUUGGAGUCGAUCAACGUUUGCGUAACGAUCAACAUCCUCAUGCAGGAUCGUUUUACGAUAUUCGAAGAGGUGAAUUGUUUUACAAACAAGUCUACGAAGCGUUGCGUGCCAGUCCUCAAUGGAACAAUCUACUCUUUCUGCUAGUCUGGGAUGAACAUGGCGGGUUUUUCGAUCAUGUUGCGCCUCCGACAGAUGUGGCGAAUCCUGAUGGUAUCACAGACCCUUCAUUCGACUUUACGCGACUUGGAAUAAGGGUGCCUGCGAUUUUAAUUUCACCAUGGAUUCCCAAGGGGUUACUGAUUCCCCAGACUGACAUCUUUGAACACAGCUCGGUCCCGAGUACUCUUCAUGAAUUGUUCGGCAUGGAUCAUCUCACUGCCCGGGAUCGGUCCGCUCGGCCGUUUCAUACUUAUGCCAACCUUUCGGAACCACGCACCGAUUGUAUCAAAACGCUUCCAAACCCUGCAUGGCAGUUUGAUGCAUCUUAUUCAUGAUUAGAAAAGAUCUUUCAUUCUGAAAUAAUCCCUUGAACUCUAAUUCUUGUACAAAAUCUUGGUCUUAUUUUUUUUCUUCCCUGCAGACCCAAAUGAAAGAAAAUGGAAAUGAUCGGCCUUUUAAAAAAAUAUUUCGUCGAAACUUGGGGGGAAUUUUUUUUAAUUAUUUUGUUUUUUUUCGACCGAUUUU